AUGAGGGGUGGCCCCGUGCCCUUCUCCGCCAGCAGGGCCAGCCCGCGGGUGUGGAGCGUCAGCCGGUCUAUGGGGAGCGACCACGAGAGGCCCUGGGGGAAGGUGCUGCCCCUCAGCCUGCUGUGCGCAGGGCUGCUGCUCUGGUGUGUGUUUAGGGACAAAACGGAGAUCGAUGAGCGACUGGAAGCUGUUUUCUCCGAUCAGAUCGUGGACCCUGUAGAUGUGACCCAGAAAAGCAACGCCGCCUUGCAACCGCAGAAGGAGGAAUGAGGACGGGAGCAUGACUGUAGUGAAGGAGCUGCCAGAAAUCUGCUGUCGUUCAGCUGGCUGCUCGGACACUUUCAUGGCAAUAUUUGUUUUUUCAACCUGUCGCAGUCCUUACCUUGCAAGCACGAUUCCUUUACUUUUCAUAGCUGCUUCCUGCAUUGGUCUUAGUAGAGCAGUUUACAGUGAGAGCUGAAGGAGUGGGUUCUUCCCGUAAAGGGGUGAACAGAGUGUACUACAAGUCAACUUGUAUUUGAAGGUACGUUUUAGACAACUCAUUUCUUUUCCGUUAGUAUUUUUUCUUAGAAGUUGAGUGUAUUCAAAUAUCAAAGUUGUAACUGUAAAAUCACUGCUGAAGGUGACCUUCAUUUGACAUUUUGCUAGUCGUGGCAUUUAUUCAGAUUACAUUGAAAACAACUAUGUAAGUAUAUGAAUUGUUAAUAAAUGAUUUUUAAUUUCA